AUGAAGCAGGAGACGGCUGAGAGUGCGAGAGACAAGAUCCAAGCCCUUCGCCAAGGAGUUCAGAAGGACAAGGCCUCAAAGAUCAGCAAACCAAUGCGGAAGGCGGGGGCUGACAAGGAAGACGACGGGGGAGAGAAGGCAGAGGAAGUGAAGGCAGGUGGAACCUGUACCGUCCACUUCAACGAGGUGCCGGAGGAGUUCGAGGCGAUCGACUACACCAAGCAGGAGGACGUCAGGGACUUCGUUAACAGAGACGACCGAUCCUGGGGGCUACCAGUCCGACAUCAAGAUCGUGGUUAUUUCCCCUUCCAAGAUUUCCAGGCGCCGGAGGAGGCCGUGAACAUGGUGGACAAAGCCGAGAAGCUAGCGGCGGGCCCGGUUCUGGGAAAGUUGCAGGAGGCGUCAGAUGAUCUCUACGCGUGGGCAUCGGCGAGGGUAGCUGCAGACGGAGAAGUUACGUUCGAAGAGCUCAUGGGGGAGAUGGUGGCCUACGGGGUAGCAGAUCUCGCAGAGGAAGCUGCCAUCAUUCUUGAAAAACAGGGCGGCACGAGGGCGGGCGAGAACACUCGUCUGGUCGUGAGAGAAACUAUGUGGGCCACCGGUGAACCAGGCCAAGGCUAUGUGGAGGUGGAUGGGAGAUCCUGGAGGAGUUGGGACUACCAAGAGGAAGUCUUCAUGUCCGAAGAGCUGGCGGGGAUUCUUCAGCUGCCGGAGCCGGUGAUAGAAAAAAGGCAGUGUGUCACCAAGACCUUGGCAGCCGGUAUCCUCUGGAGAGAAAAGGGGCGACGCCCUACGUUGCAGGAGGUCGAGAAUAAGGCUCGGGAGCAGAGGUUGGAUCAGGCUCGGCCAGCGCUGGAUGCAGCCACCCAGAUGGGAGAGGCGGCGGAGUUCGUGACCCCAAUCGAGCACGAGUUGAGGGUGUACCUUCAUGACCUCCUACAUCCAGCCCACGAACGCGACUUCCGAAGCCUAGCGGUUUUCCCUAUCAUGGAGCUCGGGGCGGCCAAAGUGGUGGUGGUGAGAGCAGAUUUCCAAGGGAACUUGCUCGUGGAGACCAUCGUGGGUCCGGAUUGGGAAGAUGGAGGCUGGAUAGUGUGGACCUUGAUCUGGAAAGGGCACAUGGUGUUGUUACAACCACCAGCUGACUUCGAUGGGCUGGCAUGGUUGGCGGUGGAGGAGCGUCAAAGUACCCCGGUCCUUGGCUUCAAUUUCUACUGGCAUGCCCGCCACGAUCAACCCGUGAGUGCCCCAGGACGAGUAGCGUGCCGGCUAUGCCGCCCACCACGUCGAGCAGGAGAGACCUCACUCGGGUCAGGCCUGAUCCGCCAGCAUAGCACUUUAGCGGCAGUGGCCACAUCCUAUGCCAACAUGUAUGGAUCCGGAGUUGCGGGUUCGACCACUCAUCAACGAGCCGUACGAGGGUUAGCCAAGGGGGUGAAGCUUCUCCUCCGGUUGCGGUCUUCGCUGACCCGCACAAUCGAGUUGGCUACCAGCCUCAGCAUGAUAUCACUGACCCUUUGGUUCGUGGGCUUCAUUUGCAACGGGUUCGCGGCGAAGGUCUUCGUCAACGCCUUGGACAACGGCGCCUUCCCCGUGGCGGAGUCCAGUGGGCCCAGUGGUCGGUACCCCAAGAUGUGGGAUUUACCUUCUUGGCAGGCCAUUCUGAAGAGACCGGAUGAGGUGCCGGAAAGAGACCACACCCACGGGGAAGGUCCCAGUGGUGAUGAGGGCCCAAGGGCGGAGACCUAUGUCAGGGAGAACCAGACGGAUGGGGAGAUUGCGGACAACUAUGUCAGGGAGAACCGGACGAACGAGGAGUGUGUGGACGAUGAGGGUGGCAACACUCGAGGAUUCGGAACCUCAGCGGGGGCUUCAGACUCGUUGGAGGAACCUGUCAGCUCCCCAUUUGAGUUUGGCUCGGAAGCGGAGGAGGCAGUAGAGGAACCAUCAAGCUCGCCCUUCGAGCUUAGCCCCCAGGAGGUGAAUGAUGAACCGAGCGGAGUGUGGGCAAGCCCGGAGGGAACCAGGAACCUGGACAGAGUCACUGUGGUCGAGCCGGAUGAGUGGCAGGUGGACCGAGCCUCAGGGACAGUCACGGUCACACGCCGACAACCACGGAGAAACUUGUUCGUGCCGGGCCUUUUGGGUGACAACUUCCCGGGAGGCUAUGGGCUACCUUGGCUGACGGACGCAGAUAACGAUCCAGGAGGAGCGGGACCCCAUGAAGGCGGCGAGUCAGAGGAGGACAUCGACGGCUCCACGGAGUAUGAGGACGCGGUUGACUACCUCAACACGAUCAACGGCCUCGACCAGCCCACCAAGCAAGGAUGGGAACGUGUCUUGGAUGCAGGAGACGCUCUACUUUGUGCAGCUGGCGGAGUUCAAGAAGCGGCUCAGUGGCUAUGGGACGCACGAGCAACCCAUGGGCUGGCAAAUCUGAGAGGAGUCGAGGACCCGUGCCUGGAUAAGAUCUUACACCCAGACCUUCUGGCCUACCUGAGACAUGUGAAGAGGCAUGGCAUGGAGGCCCGACAUGUGGGGCCUCGAGAGCGGGCGACGGCAGGGCUGCACCCGAAUGCAAAACGGAACCUGGAGCAGGUCUAUGCCCAGAUCUGGAAAGACGUCAAGAAACAUCGGGUGUUGGUUGCAAGCCAGGAUCAUCCCAAACUGGGCAACACUAUGGCUUCCCCUUUCGAAGCUGUCCCAAAACUUCUACCAGAUCGCUCAGUGUCGAACGAGGUCCACAUCGCCAAGAAGGACAUCUCUGGGGCUUUCCGCUUGCUUUGGGUGGCACCCGCGGAUGUGGAGCUCUUCGCGGGGGACCUCCCUUGGAAGGAUGCAGCAAUGCCGGAUGAGGAGGGCCACAGCGGAGAGGUACGUGGACGCCCACUCACCGUGCUCUACCUCGUGUCCUCUUUUGGGUUCUCGGGCUCUCCGGGGGAAUGGACCCCGUGGGGAAGAGCCACGGAGGAGUUCCAUAGAGCGCAUCGACCUGGACUACCUCGCAGAGACGGAGCAUUGGGUUUUGACUGCAAGAUCCUGGUCGACGAUGCGGUGUUGGUUGAACCACUCUUGGGCUUGAGACCUUGGAUCUCAGCUGCAUGUUAUGAGACAGGCGUCAAACAGAUGCUGGGAAAAGAGGCUGUGAACCGGGAGAAGGACGCCAUCGAGGGACAGUUCAAGGAGGAGCAGGUGAUCUGGGGACUGACUAUGAACGCGGCUUCGGAGAAAGCUUUCUUGCCAGAGCGGAGGAUCCUCAGAGGGUCGUAUUUGUUGGGGGACAGUGCCUUCGACGCGGGGGAGAAGUGUGUGACGGUCCGCCAGGUUCAGCAGUUCAGGGGCAUCACGACUGGUUGGGCGAUUGUGGUGAGGGGCCUGGCGAAUGAGCUCAAGGCGGCGGACAUUUUUCUCUCCAACGACGAGGGGGGUCUUCCAGCUCGGCCUCGAAAACUGGGCUACAAGAACGAACUCUUGGAGGUGGAGGAUGCCUGGGAGGACCUUUGGAGCCUGUUUGAGGUUUGCAGAUGGUUGUGCGCCAGGUCCGACAGGUGGGAGACGCAUUUUGGCACCACCUUGAAGGAGCUCCUCCCUGUGAAGGAACGAUUGAGCCUCCCGAAUGAGUGGAAGGAAACUGUGUGGGUAUCCUCAGACGCUACUACUCAGGUGAUUGGGGCCAUCGACUGGACCUUUGGGGCAGCCGCUAGGGCAACAGUCACGGAGCUAGAGCCAUGGCUGAUGGGGGUAGCAGAACAAGAGAUGCAGGAGGACGGAGACAUGAGGGUUCACAUCUCGGAGAUGCUUUCGCUGGUGGCCUUUGUGUGUGAGCGUGGGCCUCUUUGGAAAGGGAAGGUGGUGCUCUACGCCGGGGACAACUCCACGGUUAGGCAGUGGGUCUGCAAACGUCAGAGUGGGUCACGGGCGGGCCGACUACUAGUCCGAGUCCUGAACCUUUGCGAGAUGAACUACGGAUUCACCCUGGUGGGGGGGUGGUGGAGGACCUUCCACAACGUCGACUCCGAUUACAUCACCAGGUGCAAUACGCAAGAGUUCGAGGAGAUGCUCGUGAAGAAGGGUUGGGAGAAGGUCGAGCUGGGCCCGGCGAUUUCCAAGGCCAUUGAGGACACCGCCCGGUUUGGACCCUGCUUCCUGUCCUGGCAGGACCCGGAAGACCGACAGGUGAUGCUGCAGCUGAAGGAGAAGAGGCUCAAGCGUUUUGUCGACAAGCCCUUGGGCAUUCCCUGGGACAAACUCAGAGUUAUUGAGCUGGCCAGUGAUGAUAGAUGGCUGAAAGACUUUGAGAGUUUGGCCCCUGAAGGACACUCCAAGAUCGGAAGGACCCGAGUCGUCAUCGUCGCCACCUUGCCGGUCGAUGAGAAAGGGAUCCUGGUGGACAAGUUCAUCAAGGAGGUCUCUCGAUUGCGACCCUACGUGGUGAUCUGGGAGGGGCCAAGGUGCGCCCCCUGGGAGAAGGCACUCGAAGGGUUCCGAGCCAACGGUUUGGGUGGUGUGACGUUUGAGUUCGUAUCCACAGAACUGGGGGAGUACCUCGCACGCCGAAGGCAAUGCCUGGUAGGGGCGCGCUUCAACCUGACGGAGGACAUCGUGAAGAGGUGUUUGGUGAAGACAGUGACUGCUCCGCCUUUGGGGGCAGCCGUGGGGAGAGCCAACCAGAGCAAGGACCUGGUUUGGAGAAAGCCUUUCAAGAUGGUCAUUGAGCCGGGCGUCCCGCGGGCGCCUUUGCUACCGCAGGUGGUGGGUCAUGUGUGGGAGUCACCUGAAGGUGAACGAAAGAACGUGCACGGGCUGGCAGGUCCAGGGCGCUGGCCGCUGAGGUACAACGACGGGGAGUUCGAGGUGCUGGAGGUCUUUGAUCGUCGAGGGCGACCGGGCCAUCUUCGAGUGCUUCAACCACUUGAGGUCUGGCAAUGUCAGGGGAGGUCCUGUGAAGCGUGGGACGAGCUCCUUCACCAGGGGAAAACGGUGCAGGAGAUAGCGAACCAGGGCAACAGGGCGACGGGGCUUCAGGUGGCAUCUAACCUCCUGGUGAUGGCGGGAGCUCUGGUCGAGUUCGGGGAGAUCCUCGAAGACGAUCACAAUGCAGGGGCAUUGGGCUAUGAGCCGUAUGAUUUGUCCAUGGCCAAACUUCUGGCAUGGCUGCGAAAGUGGAAAUGGCGCCAUUUUGGUGCAGGUGAUCUUCACGGAGGUGAUGGGCGUGCCGGAGGGGACAUCCACAAACGCAUGGUUUCGAGAGCGGGGGAGGCUUUAUGGGUUUGGUGCCUGGAGAUUGAGUCCGAGGAGAACCGCGACGAGAGCGAGACCGUGGAGACCUUCAGGGACACCUCAGCGGGGGGGAGACGACCCAAGUUGACGAAGCCGGCCCAUCUACCUGCCGGGCAACAUGUGUUGCUGGAGCCAAGGAAGGUGCCUUUUGAUGGGGCAAUCCAAACACAGGUGGAGGAGUGGCUUGAAGAGAACAUUGCAGGUAGCAAGGCUACGAGUACCCUGAGAAUGUACCGGUCGGCAUGGGAAAAAUGGGAGGCCUGGGCAACCCGCCAGAGAUGGCCUUCGUGCUACCUCGACGUGAAGGGCGACAAGCUUGCGAAUGAGGACAAGCUCUUGGCGUUCCUCGGCUACUUGGGCUGGCUUGGUUCCACGGCGGCCUCCAUCAAGCAGGCUUUGUUCGCGGUGAAGGACGGUCACAAGCGUGGAGGAGCAGGCGACCCGACCGAAGGCAUGUUCAGGGUGUGGAUGCUGGUCACGUCACUAGAUCGACAUGCUGAACGAAAGCCAAGGAGACUGGGGGUGACACCAGGCAUGCUGUUGUGGAUUGGCAGGAGCCUGUGCAACAGCGACUUGUUCGGAGAGGACCAGGUCGACAAGGCAAUGGUGCAGGCUGCGCUUUUGGUGGCUUGGUUCUUCAUGCUCCGAGCCAAGGAGUACUGUGACUCAGGAGGAGUUGAUGCACACAUGAUCCUCCGAGGCAUGGACGUCCGACUCACGAAGGACGGCUGUGAUGUGAAGACAGGAGCGAAUGAGGUGACCAUUCAGUUCCGCAAAACAAAGGCUGAUCAGGAGGCCUUCGGGUCGUGCAAAACUAUGGGGGCCACAGGUGAACUUCAUCUAUGUCCAGUGCGCGCUCUCGAAGAGCUACGUGAAGUGGCUCAAAGACGGUUCUCUCCGGGACCUGAAGCUCACCUACCUCUGUUCCGGUGGGGCAAUGGGACAACCCUUCGUCGAACAGAAGUACAAGCAGUACUCCAGAAAGCAGCAAGAGCGGAAGGGCUGCCUGAAGAUCGCUUCAUGAGCCACAGCCUUCAAAUUGGAGGAGCAAGUGCCCUGUUCCAGGCCUCAGGUGAGAUCGAGUUGGUCAAGAGAAUGGGAAGGUGGAGCAGCUCCGCGGUGCAAAGGUACCUCUAUGAUGGGGGCGAAGUGCUGAAGGAGUUGUCGGGCCGGAUGGCCAGGGUCGACAAGAGGAUCCACUAUACGUAG